AUGGAUAUCGAAUCCUUACCUGACAUGUCAGUGACGGACCCUCGUGAUGGCAAGCGGGUCGCUCUCAAGAAGAUGCCCCACGUCUUCCAGAACCUCAUCUCGUGCAAAAGGGUCUACCGGGAGCUCAAGAUGCUCUUCUUCUUUAAUCAUGACAAUGUUCUUCGAGCUCUGGAUAUCCUUCAGCCCCCACAUGUAGACUUCUUUGAAGAGAUAUAUGUUGUGACAGAGCUUCUGCAAAGCGACCUACACAAGAUCAUCGUAUCUCCUCAGCCUCUUAGCUCAGAUCAUGUCAAGGUCUUCCUCUACCAAAUUCUCAGAGGUCUCAAGUACUUGCAUUCUGCAGGCAUCUUACAUAGGGAUAUCAAACCGGGCAAUCUUCUCGUCAACAGUAACUGUGUACUUAAGGUGUGUGACUUUGGUCUGGCCCGAGUGGAGGAGCCCGACACCAGCAAACACAUGACCCAGGAGGUCGUGACCCAGUACUACCGUGCCCCUGAGAUCCUAGUAGGGAGCAAGCACUACACCUCCGCCGUGGACAUGUGGUCAGUGGGCUGCAUCUUUGCAGAGCUUCUUGGCCGACGGAUCCUCUUCCAAGCCCAAAGUCCAAUCACUCAACUCAAUUUAAUCACAGAUCUUCUAGGAACACCAUCCAUGGAGGAUAUGAAGUACGCUUGUGAUGGAGCACGGGCGCACCUUCUACGCAUGCCACAUAAACCGCCUUGCCUCUCAGCUUUAUAUGGUCUCUCCAGCCACGCCACACAUGAAGCUGUCCAUUUACUCAGUAGAAUGCUUGUCUUCAAUCCGGACAAGAGAAUUUCAUGUAUUGAUGCCCUUGCCCACCCUUACUUGGAUGAGGGAAGGUUACGUUAUCACACAUGCAUGUGCAAUUGCUGCCACAAUACGUCGGCAGGCCGGCAGUACACCGGCGAGUUUGAACCCGCUGCACCACAGAGGUUUGAUUGUUUAUACGAGGACGAUCUCCAUACAGUUUCACAGGUCAAAGAAGCGUUACACAAAUUCAUCACGGACAGACAUCAGGGUAACACUGUACCUCUAUGCAUCAACCCACAAUCAGCCGCCUUCAAAAGUUUUGCAAGGACUGGGAAAAAGGUUUUUGAUGUACCAACAGAUGCUGCCAAUUUACUCAUUCCAGUUCGUCCGUAGCCAGUGCAUCAGAGCUGCCACCAUCACCCCAACCGUGGGACUGAUGAGAAGGCCGGGAGGGGACCAUGCCCCGCCCCCACCCACCAGCCAGCCACGGCAACCAACGAAUAACAAACAAGUCUUGUCCAGAUACUAUAUUCCAAGCCUUACUGUGUGUUGAAGGAGGGAGAGCUUUGUAAGAAUUGCCAAGAAAUAUUUAUAGCUAGUGCCUCGACUAUUUAUGAGCGCUCGUCUCCCUGUCUCCUCCUCCUAGACCCUAGUUCUUGACUGAGUAGAGCAAUACUGACUGUUUGCCCCGCCGUCUCAACUGCUUGUGACUUGACCUUUGACCUCUACGUACUUUUGACCUGUGAUGAAGGAGCAGAGUUAUAUUUUUAAGGUGUGUGAUAUGCUCCAUUCAACAGAUGUGCUAUAUUAUUUCAAUCGAGCAAAAGAUGCUGCAACAUGUGUAUAUCUGUCAAAUGAACUGAGAGGCAUCGGUGACAAUCCCACGUUCCUUUUAACAAAUCUGUAUGUGCCACAGGUUUCUGCAAAUUGGCAAGACCAGCUGUAUUCAUUUAAGGUGAUUUUAAGUUUUUAAUUUAUGUUCCUGCAUUGCUGCAUUCUGUACCCCUGGCUGCCACAAAAAAAUUGCAGAGAAUGAUAUUGUGCAGAUUCCUUUCUGAGAUGCUGUGAUUCUUGAGAACACAUGGCUGUAUCAGAAUUGCUCCAGAUUGAUUUGUAUCAGUAAUGUUGAGGUAUCUUUUUGAAAUAUCUCAAAGGAGCUUACGUUCUUACUACCAAGCCCGAAUUCAUAUAGGAAAGUCCAUGGACAUCCAUUCCUCGAUUUUAACUUGAAGGUUUAAAUACAUCAACAUUCAUUUUGUGUAACAAAGCUAGUUGUGAAAAGGGAACGGGGACAACUUUGAAGCUGCAACCCCCUAAAGAUGACCUUUUUUCGAGCUUGCUGCAAACAAAAUAUACUUUGAGCCAGGAUCCCUUUGAUGCCUCAUUUAAAUUAUUUCCUUGUUUCAAGAUGACCAGUACUACCCAACUCAUUAAAUCUAAUUUUCAUCUUCAUUUUCUCUAACAUUAAGUUAAAAAUAUUCUUCAGUAUAGUAAAUUUUCCUAAAAUGUGUGAUUUAAUUAUGAGAAGAAUUUACAUUAUUUUAUCAGAGAAGGUUUUGCUUGGUUCAUACCAUUUCUUGAAUGGAAUAUAUAUCGACUUUUAAGAAGUUGAUCUUUUAAUUUUUUAAAAGUGAAAAACCGCCGCAGUAUUUUGAUAGUCAAAAUGCAUUCUCAUUGUUACACCACAUUUUUUUUUGUAGGAAAUAUUUCUCAUUUUGUCACCUUUACUGUAUCUUAAUGAAAUAUUGAAAUUCUGUACAGGAUGAGUAUUGAAUAAAAGAAAUUAUUUAAAUUGAAUAGUCCAAUUCUCCCUUUCAUUGAAUGCUUUCAAUUAUUGUCAGUAUUGUAUUUAACAUUUUUUGUUUAUAGACAAGCUAAUUAGUACUCUACGUACGAUGCAAUUAUUUUUAUGUGUAUUGACUUCAAUGGCCUGUGCAUUUGUAUCAUAUCUAGAUAUGCAAGAAAAGGACAAUUACGUCUUUAAGCUUGUAUUUUGUAAUAUUGUAUUGCCACAAACAAUGUAGAUUUAUUUGUGCAAUUUGUUUUUAAACCACAAUCUCUAAGUACAGGAUUUGGUUUUUGUUGUUUUCUUCCUCAAUUCCAAAAGGGAUUAAUUGAUCUCAUUUACCCUCUCUGUUAAUCAUAUUUUGUUUUGAGAUGAAAGCUGGAUGAUGGGUUUAGAAACUCUAUUGCAUAUACCUCGAGAAUGAAGAAAUGAUUUGUUUGUAAAUUAUUGCUGAAGUAACAAUUAAUCUGAAGUGUAAUUGCCAAUCAUGUGAUAUAAGGUCUUGCAGAGUCAUGUGUAUUAACUUAUUUAUAUUGUUUAAAGUCUCUGCAUCCUUGUUAGGCUAGAUAUAUGUAUAAUUAGAAAGUGGAUGUGAUCUCCAAAGAAGAUGUCUACAGGAGUAGAAGGUGUUUGUGAACUGUGACUCCUCCCUAUUUUGAAGCAUCAUCAUGGAGAUAUAUGGUGUGGUAUUGUGCAAGAUAUAUUCUGACAGAAAGAACCAUAUUUCAUGUAUGUUGGUGCUCCUUCCUUUGCAAUGAAAAACUUUUGCUACAAAUUGGGAUUCAAUCCAACGAAUAACAUUGCUCUGAAGGAUUUAGCUGUUGUCAUGGCAACACAUAGAUAGCUGGAUGUGUCGGUUGCAUGUUGAAAUAGCCGGAACUGACCGGCCGAUCAUUGUGUGAUUGGUUUAUAAGUGAUCUAGCCAUGUUUUGUGAUAGAACUUAAUUUAUAUGUAUAUUACUUCAUCAUUUUUUAUAUGGGACUAGUUGGGUAUUUCGGAUGUACAUUUUUUGUAGAAAGAGAGAAAGAAUGAUAACAAUGCUGCAUCAGGCGUGUGUCAUUUUAGUCUAAAUCAUUUUCUGGGUUUGAACGCACCUAAUUUGAUUGCGCAAUUCUUAUUUAAGUAGUGUUAUAUAUAAAAAUAGAAAUAGUGAUAAAGACAUUGUGUGAUAUGUUUCAAUUUAUUUGUUUUGGGUUUUUUUAACUCUUAUAUUUGUGUGUCAUAUUUGUAUGAAGUUUAGCCUUGUACAUUGUGUAUUCAAUGGGCACAUUGUUGUUUGGUCGUCAUGGAUAUUUGUAUCUGUGUAAAAUAUUUUCUUCGUCAAGAUAUUUCAGUUUUCUUUGACUUUUAUACAGAUGUAUAUUUUUUGGUUGUAAGUUUUGAUUCAUGUGCAUGUAGGAAGGUGCAAGAAGCCAAGAACUUUUAGGUUACUGCUUUGAAAAUAUAUCUACAUCUCACAAUAUCUUCCCUUUAAUUGAAUUUGGUUUCUUGGAAAAAUAAUAUUUAUUUCCUUUAAUGUUAGUUAUUUACAAACAUACAGGUAGAAAAACCAUGAAUCUAGUGUAUGCAACAUUGCAGAUUCUGACAAAAAUGCAUUUAUAUUUUUUUUUCCUUUACCAUCAGAUUAUAACAGUUCCAUAAUAUGGAGGUACAUUUGCUUAUAUAUUGGACAUACAUGUAGGUAUCAUAAUGCAAAAUUGAAUGAUUUUGCAUUUUGUUUUGAGGGUUAUUAAAACAAAAAUAGUUUUAUUGUUACUAGACCUUUAUACAUGAGCCUUAAGCCCAAAUUCCUUUGUGGAAAUGUAAUCAUGCAAUCAAAUUUGAAUUUUCAUGGAUGAUGUAUUCUAGUUUAAUUGCAGUUUUAAUUGAUAGUAAACGUGAUAUCCACAUGGGUGUUGCCAGGGUAUUUUGAAGUGGGGGGAGGGGGUGGUAAGAUGAUCUAAAGGUGACAUCAAUAUUUGUUUUCAAUUGUUUUAUAGGGGUAAUAUAGUUACAUUGUCCAUAUCUCUCCCUUAUGUACACUUUCACCAUCAUUUCUUCCCCCCCCCCCAUUUUCCUGAUUUUUUCCCUUAAUAAAAAAAAAAUCGGGUGGGGGAAGGGCAUUUUUCUGCCCCCCCCCCCCUGUGGUGCCACCCCUGUAUUCAGAUACCUAAGUGAAUGAGAUAUUACAGAAUCAGACAUUUAUCAGAAAGUAUAAAAUUUGAGAUAUUAAACACCAUCACAAAAACAACAACUUAUCAUUUUAUGGUUUAUUCCGAAAAAACUUCAGUUUCUUGCAGAGAUAUUGAUAUGUUAUUAUGAUACAGUUACACAAAUUUAUUAGGAUAUAGUAACACUAAAUAACGGUACUUUUAUUGUAAAAUUUCUUUAUCUGGUGAGUGUUUCAUAAAGCUGUUUGUAAGUUGUGAGUGACUUCAGGAACGACUGGUGAUCCUCUCUUAGGAACUAAACACCAGUGGAAAUUUGGCUUGUAUCAUUUACCACAAAGGAUCACCAGUCAAUUGCAAAGUCGCUCAAAACUUUCGAACAGCUUUAUAAAACACCCAUCAGUAAUAUUUUACAAAAGAACACAGACAAAUUAUCAAUGGAUUAGAUAAUAAAAUAA